AUGCGAAGCCUACAUUAUCUCUUGUCAAGCCUGUCUGUCGCCGCCGUCACAUUGGCGAACCCUCUUGUCAUUCCUGAACAUGAAGGCAGUCUCGCUAUAAGACACAACACCACUGAUGACUUGGACAAUAUCCUGCCAGAUCUAGAUGGAAGAGCUGUCAAGAAGCCGUUCUAUGCUAUCGCUCAUCGAUGUAACGACAUAGACGCUGUUCAACGCGCUGUAAACGAUGGUGCCAACGCCCUAGAGAUGGACUUAUUCUCAGAAGGAAAAGAUGGCUGGUGGGUCUCACACGAUGGGCCAAGCAACAAUGGCAAUAGAGCGAAAGAAAUGUUCGAUAACAUUGCUUCUCAUCGCCAGGCUGGCAAGGCCAUUACCUUUGUAUGGCUUGAUUUGAAGAACCCCGACGCCUGCGAUCCUGGCAAACCGGCAGAAUGGGGUUGUUCAAUCGCGGCCCUUAGGGACCUAGCCAGACAGAUCCUAGAGCCCCGCGGUGUGCGCGUUCUGUAUGGGUUUUACGGAAAUGAGAAUGGCAACGCAUACCGACUUCUACAAUCCGGCCUCACUGCUAAUGAGGCUCUGAAUGUAGAUGGCAGAUCGGCUCCCCUGCAGCAAUUCUUUAACAACAAGGGGCCUUCCAAUGUUCAGAAGCGUGUAGCUUCAUAUGGCUGGAUGAACCUCAAAGAAGGAUUUGGCGAUUGCACAGAGUCAGGGGAUGCACAUCUGACAUGUACCCAGCUGCGCCAGGAGGUUUCUAGUGGUAAAUUCGGCAAAGUAUUCAGUUGGACGGCGGUGGUGGAUCAAGUGCUGUUGGUUCAGGAGCUCAUGGGUGUGCGUAUAGACGGUAUCAUUUACGGAUUGGAUGGCGCUCCGUAUGGCGGGAGUGCUACUCAAGCUCUUGCGCAGAUCCGUAGUUCGCUUACGCAGAAUGGGGGAUAUCAAUAUGCGGGGAUGGGCGAUAAUCCAUGGUAG